CCAGAAACCAAUUUCUUUGGAUUCCACAAAACCUGAAGGUCACACUCGUUUUGUUUGUAUUUCUGACACUCAUUCAAAACAUAGAAAUCUUAUUUAUGAUCUGCCUGAAGGUGAUGUACUUCUACAUUGCGGAGAUUUUACUGAAAGAGGAAAACUGGAAGAAGUUCAAGAUUUUAAUGACUGGCUGGGUGAACAAAAAGCAUUUAAACAUAAAAUAGUGAUUGCUGGCAAUCAUGAUCUUUCAUUUGACCUGGAAUUAAUGGAAGACAUAAGAAGAUGCCAACGAGAAGGCUCUUACCGCAGGUUUCAGUUUCUUGACUCCAUACCCGAAGAAAUAACCAAUAACUGGACUUCGGUCCUCAACAAUUGUUUCUAUCUGCAAGACGCAGAAGUUAAAGUGAACGGGAUACGAAUAUAUGGAACACCUUGGAACCCAAUGUUUGGUGGAUGGGCAUUCAACACAUGUAGAGGACAACCAUUGUUAGAUAAAUGGAACAAAAUACCUGGGGAUGGAAUUGAUAUAUUGAUGACGCACAGCCCUCCUGCAGGUCAACCUGAUCAAGUCCACCCAGACGGGGAAAGAGUUGGUUGUGUGGAAUUAAUGAACACCGUUCAGCUACGUGUGCAACCUAAAUAUCAUGUGUUCGGGCACAUCCAUGAAAGUUAUGGCUACAAUUAUGAUGGAGCUCAUAGAUUCAUAAACUGUACCUCUGUAAACCUGGAGAUGGUGCCGUCCAACAAACCAGUUAUAAUUGACUUCCCAACACCAGAGGGAGCCAAGGAAGGCAUCAGCGGUUUCGUUCAAUAUUGAAACGAGUUGUUGUGGUGCUUCUGCUACCAGGUGUAAUGUAAAUAACCAUUUAGCGGCUCAUCUGGUAUGAUACUCGUAAAUGUUCUUAUUUUAUUUCCAAAGUUUAGUUUCGUCACGAAAUCAACACUUUUUCUGGUAAAGUCUUUCCUAAUGGCAGACAAUACGUUACAAUACGCUGUGUUUUAUACCAGAUAUGCAGCUAAUUUUUAUUUGAAAUGUGAUGUUAAUUAUUUAUUUGUUCGGUCAGUUUUUUUAAUUAUUGUUUUUUUCUUGCACUUUCCACUGUACUGGACAUCAAAUUUCUGCAAAUCUAGAUACUAUGGAAUGUCACUAUGCAUUUGAAAGUUGAAACUAUGAAUUAACAUUUAAUUUAUAAGAUCAGGUUGUGAUUUUUCUAUAUACCAUGUAAAUAAGCAUUAAUUUCUGGAAAUGAUCCCAUUUAACAGUGUUUUAUGAUGUUUCCUCUUGCCGUAAGGAUUUACAUUGAUUUGGUUGUAGGAGCUCUUUUUUAAUAUUUCCAAUAUUGAUAUAGCUACCACCCAUACGGUAUUCAAUCUUUUUUUACUUGCGAUUGUUGAUUUGCACUUCGUUAUUCUAAUCUCAUUUCUACAAAACAACAGAAAGCUGAAAAAAAUUAGUAAAUAUUUUUCAAAAAUAAAAUGCAAAUUAUUUGAAUUUUGAAUUAUACAGGCAGGAGCAUUUUACCUAUAACUAAUGAAAUGAGAUGUAAAGUUACUUUCCUACAUUUAAACUAUGGUUAAAAAAAGUCCGGCAUGUGGUGA